GGUCCAGUCAAGUCCGAACCCCGAUGCGGUAGAAUCUUGUAUGUCAAAAAUAUCCAUAAUUAUUCAAAAUUUAUGCAAACCUGGACAGAUUUAUUUUAAUUUUUUUGUGACUAUGUCUAAAAGAAAUAAUUAUAGCAAAAUUCAUAGAAUAAGAAUGAGGCCCGAAAUAAAAAAUGCCAAUAGUUUUAAAAAGGAUCCUGGACCAAACAUACCCAAAGAGAAAAUUAAAGUAUUUUCUGAACCCAUUAAAUCUGUUGCUGAUAAGAGAAUGUAUAAGACAAUUCAGUUGGAAAAUGGACUAACAGCUUUACUAAUAUCUGAUCCAAGUAAAAUUGCGAGUGACGAAGCCCUCUCCAGUGAUGAUAGCUCAGGCACAGAUGAAACGGGAACUGAUUCUGAUGGAACUGGUUCGAGUCAGUCAGUUGGUAGUGAUCAACAUGUUACAAAAAGACAGAGAGAGUUUGAUGAGGAAAAGCUUGCAGCGUGUGCACUAUGUGUGGGCGUCGGGAGCUACAGCGACCCCCCGCACAUUCAAGGACUCGCGCAUUUCGUCGAGCACAUGGUUUUUAUGGGCAGUGAAAAGUAUCCCAAGGAAAAUGAAUUCGAUGCAUUCAUAAAGAAAAAAGGAGGUUCCGACAACGCGUCGACUGACUGUGAAGUGACAACGUUCUACUUCGAGAUUUCGGAGAAGCAUCUCCCGCACGCCAUGGACAUGUUUAGCCAGUUUUUCGUGAGUCCGCUCAUGUUGAAGGAAGCCAUGCAGAGGGAGAGAGAGGCUAUCGAAUCAGAAUUUGCAAUCGCGUCUCCGUCGGACUCGAACCGCAAGGACCAGCUGCUGACGAGCCUGUUCCCGGAGGGUCACCCGGCGCGGACCUUCACGUGGGGCAACCUUCGCAGUCUGAAGGACGACGUGAGUGAUGACGACCUGCUGCAUAAUGCUGCCCACGAGUUCCGCAGACGACAUUACAGCGCGCACCGGAUGACCGUCACCGUGCAGGCUCGCAUGGAUCUCGAUUCUCUGGAAGAGAUGGUAUCGAAGAGGUUCGGCCGGAUCCCGAACAACAAGCUGCCGCCGGACAACUUCGAUCAGUACUCGUUCACCCCGAACAACGUAACGGACGAGUUCAAGCAAAUCUACUACGUGAAACCCAUUAGCGACGCCACUGAGUUACAACUAACGUGGAUGAUGCGCUCGCUCAUAUCAGAAUACGAGUCGAAGCCUCACCAGUACAUCUCGUAUCUGCUGGGACAUGAAGGCAAGGGGAGUCUUCUAUCGUAUCUUCGGAAGAAGGUCUGGGCGUUGAGCAUAAACGCUGGCAACUCAGAGAGUGGAAUAGACUACACCUCCAUAUACAGUUUAUUCUCGGCGCAAGUGAUUCUCACUAAAGAGGGACUCGAUCAUGUCGAUGAGGUUAUAGAAGCCGUCUUCUCGUAUAUAAAUAUGCUGAGGCACCUUGGACCGUCAGAGCAUAUAUUCGAUGAAAUAAAGAAAAUAGAAGAUACAAGCUUCCGGUUUGAUGAGGAGUCUCAGCCGUCGGACUACGUGGAAUCUCUCGCGGAGAACAUGCAGUACUUCCCGCCACAGCACUACAUAAUCGGUGACCGGCUCUACUUCAAGUACGAUCCCAAGGGGAUCACAGAUGUUCUGGAUUGCAUGACUCCAGAAAAAGUAAACAUCAUGAUACUUUCGAACAAGCAUUCGAAGCCCAUACAUUACGACGAGAAAGAGAAAUGGUUCGGGACUGAAUAUAAAAAACAAGAAAUUCCCACACCUUGGCUAAAAAGAUGGCUUAAGGUGGAGCCGUACCCCCAGUUCCACUUACCGGAGAAGAACAUUUACCUAACGGACAACUUUGACCUGGUACCUCCGGCGCAGCCCUACCUCGAACAAGCGGAGGAGUUGGGACUCAACCUCGCACAGAGCAGCGCCAAGGACAUCCACAAGAGGUUGCAAGAUGAGAAGAAGAGUACGAAAGUAUUUAAACAGGGAGACUUGAUCGCCACCGUUGAAAACUUCAGACUGGAUCAACCUAACCUCCUUCGUAAGAACCGGCACAUGGAGCUCUGGUACAAGCCCGACUUUAAGUUCCGGUUUCCGACUGCACUGCUUUAUUUCUACUUCAUUACGCCGCUCACCUUAAAGUCGCCCCGGGAGUCCUGCCUUCUAGAUCUGUUCAAUGAUGUCUUGCAGCAAGAACUCAAGGAAGAAGUGUACCAAGCCAACAUGGCGGAUCUCUUGCACUCUGUGUACGUCGCAGACAAGGGCUUAAUCUUCAAAGUGAGCGGGUACAGCCAGAACCUGCACUUAGUGGUGGAUCUGGUGACGCGUGAGAUGCGAGCAGCGAGCGGGCGAGUGGACCGACACAUGUUCGAGGCGGUGCGGGAGGUUCGUGCGCGGAGCUACCACAACGUACUGCUCAAGCCGCACAAGCUGUCCCAAGAUGUUCGUAUGAACGUGCUGAUAGAGCCGUACAUAUCGGUGCGGGACAAGGUCUCACUCAUACAGAACAUCACCCUGGAAGAGCUGCAGGACUUCACCGACAGGUUCCUGGACAAACUCUACUUACAGAUUCUGAUGCAAGGCAACAUAGCAUGGACAGACGCAAUUAAGAUAUCCGAAAAUGUGCUGAAGAACAUCAAAUGGGAGGGAUUGCCUGAAGCUGAGUCACCGGUGAUAAAAGUGCACCAGCUGCCACUGGGUGAUCGGAAGCUUCGCGUGAUGAGCCUCAACCCGGCCUCUACCAACAGUAUCGUCACCAACUACUACCAGGGCGAGGUCGCCACCGUCAACGACACGGCCACACUGGAGGUUCUAAUGAUGUUGAUGGAGGAGCCGGUGUUCGACGUGUUGCGGACCAAGGAACAGCUAGGCUACAGCGUGUUCAACUUGGUGCGGUACACGUUCGGUGUGAACGGCUUCACCAUCACGGUCAACACGCAGCGGGACAAGUUCACAGUCUCCCACGUGGACAGGCGCGUCGAGAGUUUCCUUAAGAAGUUUAGCAAGGAUAUGAACCGACUUAGCGACAAAGGUCUGGCCGCGGUGAAGCAGUCGCUUAUACAACUCAAACACACCACCGACUACGAACUCAAGGAAGAGGCCAAUAGAAACUGGAGGGAAAUCACUAGCUGCGAAUAUAAAUUCCAGAGAUUAUUAAUAGAGGCCGAAGCUAUCGACAAGGUGAAGAUGUCAGAUAUUAGGAAGUGGGUAGCUGACCAUUUUGCCGUCGGUAACAAGUCGCGUUUCAGGAAGUUGUCCAUCCAGGUCGUGGGUCACCUACCGAAUUCUGCGGAUAAUGCGACACAGGGAGAGAGCGGCGUACAAGACCAUAGUCUCCAACUGUUGCACGCGGGCCAGCCUUCUACCAAUAUACAAGAGAAUCAGGAAGAAUUUAUCACAAGUAUAGACGAUUUUAAGAAGAGUCUGCCGCUUGUUAACACGCCGAGGGUAGAGCUAGCCCAAUGUUGAUUAAAAUAGUUGUAUUUUAAUUCAGAAUGUAUAUUCUAGAUGGCGCUUUACACAAAAAAUACCUCAAUGUUACAAUCUGUUACCACUCGUCAGGCCGCCCAAUUACAUGUAUGUAAUUUAGUUAUUCAUAAUAAUAAUGUAUUAUUAAGAAAAACAUUAGUGGCCCUAAAUCCUCCUGACAAAAUUCGCCAAAAUUUAUAAGUUUCUCUGAUAUUUUGUACUAAUAAUUUAGAUUUUCGACCUUGGGGCAUUGUUGUUGACUAUCUAAGAUUGUAAUAGCAUAUUAUUAAUAUAUUUAAAUAUAUUAUUAUAUUUGAAUAUAAUUAAAUAUAUUAAUAUUACUUGACACCUAGAUGCAAUACUGACACAGAACCGAUCUCAAAUGGGAUCGAUCGCAAGUUAGACGUUUGGUAAACUGAGUCAUAAAAAAACAAUAUUAACGCGACCGAUCGGUUGUUAACUCAGUUUACAUCUUUAACCGAUUUUAAACUCGCUUUAUUAGGUUGUAAAGUCAAUUCGCAUUUCAACAAAACAAACUGAAUUCAGUUAAACCUAAUGUGUGAUGUCUUUCAUCCUAUCCGUUUAAGGUAAGUCACUGUACUUAUUCAUAUAAAACAUUAAAAAUGAAUUGUUUUCAAAACAGUUCAAUACAACAGUCUUGCGGUAAAAUAUAUUCGUGAUAUCGUUGCCUUUAACCAAGUUCGAGACUGACAUUUGAACUGCUUUCAAUAAAGGUAUAUUCUUUAAAUAGGAAAUAUAUAGUUAAAACUCGUUUCGUAUUGCGAUUGGUGAAAUCAAGCGUUAGAUGGCGUUGUUAUUGAAUUAAAAAAGACAAGAUUGACAUUGACAGCCCACUGUCAUUUUAAAUUCUCAGUCAGAGCGCUUUCGCGCUACGUCCGAUCCGAAUUUGAUCCGUACCCGUGAAAAUACGGUCCGGUCGGAUGACGGAAGCCGGAUCUAGUGCGUAAACUACCAUAGAAAUAGUUCUACGACUACUUCGGACCGUGUUAACACGGAAACGGAUCGGAUUCGGAUCGGACGGAGUGCGAAAGCGCUCUUAGGUAUAAAAAGUGUUUAACAUUAUUUAGACUAAAUACCUACUGCUAUGUUUUGACAACCCGAGAUUUAUUUUGUUAGCACGAGUGUGUAAAGUUUUUUGUUUAAUUAUAGUAACUAAAUACUAUUUGAAUUAUAUAAUAUUGUUUAAUUUGUUUUUUAUAGAAAUUACUCUGUUUUACAAUUUUAUACAGAACGAAAAUCCUAAAUAUGUGUUCACGUUGUUGCUAGUUUUUGUAUAAAUAGCGAUUGUAAUAAUAUAUUGAUAUGUAAAUUACAUUGUAACUCAAGACAAUGAUGAAGUAUAAAUAAAAUAUUUUCUACUA